AUGGAAAACCAUACUGAGGUCACAGAAUUCAUACUAGUGGGAUUUAAGGGCCAGCAACUGAUGCAAAUAGCUUUAUUUCUUCUCUUUUUGAUGAUAUAUGUCAUCACCCUGGUGGGGAACAUUGGCAUGAUCAUAAUCACCAGUGCUGACUCUCAACUCCAUACCCCUAUGUACUUCUUCCUGAAGAACCUGUCCUUCUUGGAUAUUUGCUACUCUUCGGUCAUCACUCCCAGAGCCAUGCUCAGCUUUGCAACUGAAAACAAGGCCAUUUCCUACAAUGGCUGUGCAACCCAGAUGUUCUUCUUUUCUCUUUUUGGGACCGCAGAGGCUUUUUUCCUGGCUGUGAUGGCAUAUGACCGAUUCAUUGCCAUCUGUAACCCACUACUCUACCAUAUGGUUAUGUCCAAGAAGAGAUGUGUUUGCCUCCUGUGCAUCUCUUACUUCUUUGGGUGUGUCAACUGCUGCACCCAGACUGGCUUUACUUUCAGUUUAUCAUUCUGUGGUCCAACUGAAAUAAACCACUUCUUUUGUGAUGUCCCAGCUGUGAUGAAAGCCUCCUGCUCAGACACAUUUAUGAAUGAACUUGUGCUCUUAGCUUUGUGUGGGUGUAUCAUUGUGACCACAGCCAUAGUUGUCCUAAUAUCUUAUGGUUACAUUGUUACUACCAUCUUGCGCAUACCAUCUGUAAAAGGGAGAAGUAAAGCCUUCUCAACUUGUACCUCCCAUUUGAUGGCAGUAAGCCUUUUCUUUGGGACAGUUUUCUUUAUGUAUGCACAACCUGGAGCCAUGUCCUCUCCUAACCGGGGUAAAGUGGUAUCAGUCUUUUACACAGUUGUGAUCCCAAUGUUGAACCCCAUCAUCUAUAGUCUAAGGAACAAGGAGGUCAAAGAGGCUCUAAACAGACAAUUCAGAAAGAAAAGACUUGUGCAUUGAUACAUAGAGGUUCUGUUUCUCCUUUAUCGCUUUGGAAAUGGAAUCUAA